GUCGCAUUCAGGUGUGAAUUCAACAUCAAGGUGCAUCCAGGUUCCCAAAGUGACUAAUGAUGAAUUAAACAAGGUGGAUUAAUUGGGGAUUAACACAAAUGUCGGGUUUACGCCGAAAGGAAAAAUGGGAGUCCAGUAUGUCGGACGUGACUUCCAAUGGGAACGCAGGGGACACGGGAAGUCUGGGACCCCCCGAUCUUAUGACCAACAAUAUCGACCCGGGGAUCUAUAGAAAGAAUAGCAAGACUGCCAACGGAGCAUCUCAGGUUACCAUAGCAACAGAGGAAACCGACGACAGCAGAAAACAAAUGUUUGGAAAAGAUGAAAACGAAGAACGCGGAAACUGGACGGGAAGAUUUGACUUUCUUCUUUCAAUGUUAGGUUACGCCGUUGGUCUUGGAAACGUUUGGAGAUUUCCCUAUUUAUGUUAUCGUAAUGGAGGCGGGGCCUUUCUGAUUCCCUUCAUUUUGAUGAUGAUUCUAAUUGGCGUACCCCUAUUUUUUAUGGAGGCCUCGCUAGGACAAUUUUGUAGCAGCGGUCCUCUCACUUGCUGGAAAUUUGCACCGCUUUUCAAAGGGGUAGGAAUAGCUAUGGUGUCGGUGUCUGCUCUGACGUCACUAUAUUACAACAUGAUCCUGGCCUGGUCCUACUACUAUUUCUUUGCUUCCUUCACUAGUAACCUACCGUGGAUAACGUGUGAUAACAGCUGGAACACCAGAGAUUGCAGUACAAAGCUACCUUUGACAGAAUGCACCAAUGGACAGAAAUAUACCAACGGAACGUGUUACAAUGGUGACACUUUUGUUGGACUUUGGGAUGCUAAAAAGUUUACCAAUGCAACUGGCCGGAAGCGGAAGCUAGCGUCAGAGGAAUACUGGGAAAAUGUUGCUUUAGACCAGAGCUCAGGAAUUGAGGAGUUCGGACAACCUAAGUGGGACUUGGUUCUGUGUCUUAUGUUCGCCUGGUUCAUCUGUUUCCUGUGUCUCAUUAAAGGAAUCAAAUCUACCGGAAAGGUUGUAUAUUUCACCGCCAUAUUCCCAUAUGUUGUCCUGUUGAUCCUUUUCUUUAAUGGCGUAUUCCUCAGUAACUCCGGAGAAGGGAUAUAUUACUACAUAGUGCCAGACUUUGAACGGCUUCUCGAUCCUCGGGUCUGGAAAGACGCAGCUGUUCAGAUAUUCUUCUCAAUGUCCAUAGCAGGUGGAGGGCUUGUAACACUCUCCAGUUACAACAGGUUCCAUAACAACAUUCUUAAAGAUUCUAUCAUUGUCAGUGUUGGAGAUACACUAACCUGUAUAUUCGCUGGCUUUGUCAUCUUUUCCUAUCUUGGUCAUAUGGCCGGUGAACUCAAUGCAAAGGUUGGAGAUGUGGCACAAGACGGUGCUGGACUGGCGUUUGUUGUUUAUCCCACAGCUGUAGCCAGUCUGCCGGCUUCGCCAUUCUGGUCAGCUCUCUUCUUUUUCAUGCUUAUCACAUUAGGACUUGACAGUCAGUUUGCAAUGUUGGAGACGGUGUUGACGGGGGUGAUGGACCAGUAUCCAGUCCUGAGACCCCAUAAAACCCUUGUUAUCCUUGUCAUCUGUAUAGUCUUCUUCAUCAUCGGAUUACCUCUCUGCUCUCCGGGAGGUGUGUACCUGGUACAAAUACUCGAUAAUUAUGUAGGAGGCUGGACCCUCUUAAUUAUAGGGUUUGCGGAGUGUAUAUGUAUUACGUAUAUAUAUGGAGUAAAUAGAUUCAUAAAAGACAUAGAGCUUAUGUUAGGAUUAAAGAUGUUCAUCUGGUGGAAGAUUUGCUGGAUGGUUCUAAGUCCCAUAGCAUUAGUGUUGAUAUUCAUAGCCACUUUUAUUGACUACGAGGCCUCUACAUACGGGGACUACACGUUUCCGGGCUGGGCGGACGGCCUGGGCUGGUUUAUGGCGGUAGCCAUUAUAUUGGCUAUUCCAAUCACCAUGUUAUAUCAAGUUAACAAGGAGGACGAGGACACGUCGGUCUGGGGAAAAAUCAAGCUUCAGUGCACCCCGUCCCGUGAGUGGGGUCCCGCCUUGGUCCGUCACAGAGAACUGGUGAACUAUGUUGAUGGUUGGGUGGAGGAUCCAUGGGCAGAGAAAGGAGCGUUUGUAAAUUACGCCUACAAAUCAGAUAGUGAACUAAGGACUGGGAGCUUAAAGUCUUUAGAAGCAAGUAGACUAUCUGCUAGAAUGAAAAAGUCCCUUUCUGACUCAAAUGGCUCAACGAAAACCGGAAUUUCAUUUGAAUCUUAUGUGUAACUAUAAUAAUUAAUGAAUUGGUUAUACUGUUAGCAUUUAAUUGUUAAUAUUUCCAAUACAUGUCAUUUAUAAGGAUUUAUUCUCAUCAUUUUAUUUCUAAUUCAGUAUUAGAUGUGUUCAUAGCAUUUCAACAAUCAUUCUUUUUGACAGAUCGACAUGCAUAACAAUACUUGAAUGUACAGUUAGUAAAUCAAGAGCUACCAAAAACAAUUUCACUCAUGUACAAGUCAAAUAACAUAUAGGAUAUAACUCGAUUGGUAAAUUUGAAUAAUGGAAUAAAAACAUGUCAGCAAUACCUACUAUAUUUACUCGAUUUUUUUUCUCUUUUUUUUAUGGGAAAAUGAUAAAAGAAUGGAAAAGAAAUGAGUGAAAAUAGUAUUUUUCUCUGUUUUAUUUCUUCAGUGUGAGCAUAUCUAUGCAAAUGUGAAUCAUUAUGCUGAAAAUCGUAGUAUUUGCAGGUUAGGAAUCGUUUUAGCACAAAAAUGUUGCUAAGUUAAAUUUUGAAUUACAUACUAGUAUUUUAGUCGUUUGAAAAUAAUUAUACAUGUAUGAUUUUAUUUUUAUUGCAUCAAAUGCAUGUAUUCAGACUCCAAAAAAUCUCAAUAUACUACCAUACCGGUUUUGAUAUCUUUAAUACAUAUAUUAUACCACAGACUUUUUUUUAUGAAUGUACCAUUGUAGCAUUUGACUGUCUUUUAUAGGUAUGGUUUUAUUUUUACACAUUUUUAUAUAGUUUAAGUAUUCAAAUUUACAGAUGCGUUUAUUCUGGAUUUUUUU